CGUUGUCUCUUUUAGAAUAUUUUCCGUGUGCAAAGUGUCGUGUGCAAAACAGCAAAAUUGAGCGCCAAGGAGAAACGUGGUUUACAGGGUUGAGGAGGCGAGGAGAGGAGAGGAGAGAUUAUUGAGAGGUGAGGUGCAAAGUGGUGUGGUUUUAACAUCCAGUUUGCAAGAAAAACUAGAACAAGCCCUAACACUAUGGGUGACAGCAACUGCUACAAGUGUGGAAAGCCAGGCCACUUUGCCCGGGAGUGUCGAAGUGGAGGAGGAGGUGGCAGAGGGGGAUUCAGAGGAGGAAGAAGAGGAGGUGGUGGUGGUGGUGGUGGCGGUGAGAGGUGUUACAACUGUGGGAAAUCAGGACACUUCGCCAGAGAAUGCACUAAUGAGCCUCAGGAGCGCCGCGGGGGUGGCGGCGGAGGUGGUGGGGGUGGAGCCUGCUACACAUGUGGAGAAGAGGGCCAUUUAGCUCGAGAUUGCCCGGACAGAGAAACCCGAGGUGGUGGUGGAGGGAGCGGGGACAAGGAGUGUUACAACUGUAACAGAACUGGACAUCUUGCCAGAGAUUGCCCCGACGGUCGCCGUGGUGGUGGUGGUCGGGAUCAGACAUGUUACAACUGUGGAGAGACGGGACAUCUCUCCCGGGAAUGUAGAAGCAGCAGCAAGAACGUCAAAUGUUACAACUGUAACGAGAUGGGGCACUACGCUCGCGACUGUCCCAGCGAGGAUUAAAAGUCCAUGCAGCCCGCAAAUCCUGACCUUCUUGGAAACUUCUAGCAACUUUGUGGAAAAUUUAAUUCUUAUAAUGUACAUGAAUCUUGUAAAGACGCAUCAAUUUUUUUGUUUGGUAGUGGAUAUUAAUUUGAAACCUUGAUAUGAUUUACUUUGUCUGAGAAUUGUUAUGUUAGUAAGGAUUAUGCAAGAAAAUUUUGCACUUCAUUGUGGAGGUGAAGACAUUGUGAAUCAUUUUUAGGAUAUUUGUGAUGAGAACAGUACAUCAUUUUGUAAUGUUAAUCCAUUUCUGAUGUGGUGUAGCAAUGAGAACACUCUGUCAAUGGUAAACAGAUUGUAUUAAUGUUUUUGAUCGUUUGCCUAUUCUCGCUAUGUCAGAACCAAGAGGAGAUAACUCUCAAGAGAAUUUUUGAGAGAAAGAACUCUGCCUAAAAACUUUGUUUUGGAAGUUGUAAAUUUUAAAUUGUUAAAAAAUUAUUGUUAAUCAUUUGGAGGGAGGGUAUGAUUUUGUUAGUUUCUAUAAAUAUCGACUAGAAUUCAGAAUUAUUUCUAAAUCUCAAGGCUAAUUUUCUAAAGAGGUAUAAUAGUUAUCUGCUCUUGAGUUGCUCUCCAAGUUAAAGUUGCAGUGCACUGUAAACGAGAUAAAUUAUGAAAUUGAGUGAUAUAAGAAGGUCUUUACUAUCACUGCUAUCUUGCUUGGGGAGUUUAUGGAGUCUGUACAUAAUGAUUUUCUAUGUUAAUUGUAACUCCAGAGGUCGUGCGAUGUUGUAGAUAAGGUUGGGGAGACGUCCAUUCCAAUCUCGGGGUUUUCCACCUAUAAAUGGCUCGCUCUAUAGUGUGUGGACCUAUCUGAAUUUACUUGGGAGGGAAAAAAUUUUCCAGUCACUCAAAUGCAAUCAUUACUUGAAAGGGGAUAAAGAGAGAUUACUGGUCUUUCGAAAAUUCAGAUAAGUUCAUACAUUUUCAAAAGUUUGUCGAGUCUUGUUUUAUUUGCAUCAGAGGUACAUGUGUUAAGCUAUUAAGGAUUAUAGUUUACAUUGGAUUAGAGGAAUAUUCCAAGUUUUGAAAUUUUAUUCAACAUGUAAACAUGUGAAGAUAGAAAAAGUCAAGUUUGAACUUUUUUUCCAACAGUGAGAACACGGUGAAAACUGUUUUGAACAAUUUACAGAGGAAGUUGUUAUUUUUGUAUAAUUUUUUUUAAAGGUUAUUUAAGGUUGAGGAUUUUUUUUUAAUCUGUGCAAGUUGAGUAUUUAAGCAACUAGUGUACGAAGGGAGGUUCACCUUGUGCACGCCAAAAAAAUAGUAAAAUGUGCAAUUCUCAUGAUACAUAUAUUCCAAUCACACAUUCAAGGGAAAAAGGGGGGCCCAAAAAAAGGUGCCCAACUUAUUUCCUUGGAGAUCAAAGUAUUUUGCCCAAUGAAAAACCAGUAUCAUUUAAUUUUAAACUGCCAAAUGCAGGAUUAGUGCUCAGUGAUGGAGGUUUGUGUAUGGUUGUUCAGUGGGCAAAAUACUGAAGGUUGAGGUGGUGAGCGUGACGGGAGAUGAAGUGGUCUCCGGAUGGGCGGCUGACCGUGUGGAUACUUCCUGGUUCCGCCUGGUCGCCCAUCACACUGUAGAGGAGGCGUCGAAGAAACACACUCUCAAAGGCAGCUGAAUCAGUGACCCAAUUAGAAGGAGUUUUGUAUAUUUAUAAUGUAUUCUUUUUAUUUUUUAAGUAGCCUGAAUUGGCUUGCGAAUUAAUUUUAAUCAACUUUGUUUGCUGAAAUAUAUUAUGGUGAAAAUGUAUACCAAGAAAAUUACUCAUGGCCUUAAAGGCGUUAUGUAUAAGGGGUAUUUUAGGAAGCUAAUUUUUGGAUCAUGCGCUCUAAGCGGAUAGAUUAUUUAAGCAUUCAAGGUUGAUUUGUGCUCACUGCUGCAGAAGAAAUUUUUUUGUAAAUGUUUUGGCAGUAUUGUGUAUGGAGCAGAUAUAUUUAGUUGAUUAAAAUUGGAAGUGAUCAAAAAAUAAAUAUAUUAACAAAGGAA